AAAGAGCAUGUGAGGAUGUGGAGCGUAAAUGCUGUUGCCGAGAAAAGUUUUUUCUUCUCGUCGGGCCAGCGGAACUUGACUCCCCGUUGCAAGAAGCUGGUGAUCAAACGUCCCAGCGUGUCAAAGAGCGAGUGCAAACUGUCACCACCAAACGCGGUGGAUUUGUUUGAUCCAAACGCUUUGCAUUCCAGUGAAGAGGAAGAAGAAGAAGAUCAUAUGGAUGGAUAUGCAUUGACAUCACGUAAAUUAACUGGCGCUGAGUACACCUCAUUGACAAGGAGCUGUUAUCGUGUGGAGGUACUUUGGCGAGUAGAAUUGUUUGGGUGUGUUUGCUGUUACUGGAACAACUGUGACCCCUACGUGAUUUGUUUUGUCUGUCGCUGUUUCGCUCGUCGUCGUGUGGCGUCGAAAGCUUUGGCUGCUUUGUUCGUUUCUAGUGAACUUCCAUCUAUAUAAUUUGGACGAGCAAAAUGUUAAAGAAUAGUUUUCAAAA